AAAGUCUUGCUUUCGAGUUAUAUAUAUAUAUAUACAAAACGUCCAAACGCACCUUAAUCUUAUAUAUAUCAAAAGUAGAGCUUGAGAAAAUACACCAAAGCUAAUAAAAGAGAAUAUAAUGAAGAGGAAAAGAUCAGAAGUAUUGGAGAUAAAUGGGUCAGAGAUAAGAUCCGCCAUUGAAGAGCUUACUAUGCUUGUCAAGCUAAUCAAUAUUAAUAAAAAUGAUGCCAAAAUCCCCACCAUGCCUUUUCUUUCUCUCUGCAACUUAUUACUUCUCCAAGUUCUUGAUAAGAUAGGACCAACUAUGACUGUUCUUAGAAAAGACAUACAUCAAAACAUUCAGAGAGUGGAAAAGGUUGUGGAAUCUGAUCCUUCAGUGUAUUCAAAUGUGGUGAAAAUAUUGAAGAAAGAGGAAACUGAAGGCACUUCCAAAAUGAGAACUAGUUGUAGUAGAGCCUUUGUCUGGCUUACAAGAUCAUUGGAUUUCACAGUGGCCUUGUUACAAAACUUGACAAAGGAUUCUGAGCUGAACAUGGAACAAGCAGUGGAAGAGUCUUAUAAUACUACUCUCAAAUCAUGGCAUGGUUGGAUUUCAUGGGCUGCUUAUAAAGUAGCUGUAAAACUAGUGCCUGAGAAGAAAGUUUUCAUGAGUGUGCUCUUGGCAAAAGAAGAAAAAUAUGAAACCCUAAAAGAAGAAAUUCAGACAUUGAUUUCUUUAUUUGCUCCUUUUCUAGAAGAAAUCCACUCUGUUCUGGUUUUAUAUCGACUAGAUAGGAUAAAGACUCCCUAAUAUAGCAUUUGUAUAUAUAACUAAGACUAUGUAAUAAGAUGCUUAUUUGUUUUUUUCUUUUCUUUUCUUUAGUCAUUUUUGUAUUUUCGAUAAAAUGCAUGUAACAUAUGUAAAAAUAUUGAUUUGCUGUAGCUUUAAUUUGCAGCCAAAAUGACAACUUAAUUUAGU